AUGACAACCCACGAGCCCCUCCAUGGCUCCUGCUUAUGUGGUCGCAACCAGUACAUUAUUCGAAUUCCCCAGGACCAAACCAGUGACGCUCAAAUCUACUUUGACACUAGCCGCGACAAUCGAAGAUUUCACGGUACUCCUCUCACAGCAUGGCUCCGCGUACCGUUGACAUGGUACCAAUCCCAUACUCAAUCUUUCUUCCCUGACGAAACACAUGGCACGAUCCGCCGGAUCUUCUCUCCUCACCACGCACCGCAUACCCAGCGCGUCUUCUGCGGGUUCUGCGGCACCCCCUUAAGCUACUGGAGCGAGCAUCCCCGCGAAGAGGCCGACUACAUGUCCGUUACCGUCGGAAGCCUGGAUGGAAACGAUCAGCGGUUGUUGGAAGAUCUGGAUCUUCUCCCGGAGUCCUCCUCUGAAGAAGAAGUCGAGACGGAAACCUCUCCCCAGGCGGAGCAGGUGACCGUCUCGCCAGCGGUGCAGGCCACAUCCUCUACUGCACCCGUGCCUUCGUCAGGAGGCGAAAUGGAUGUCGCGCGCAGCUUUCGCCAAGGAACGACGGACGGUAUCCCUUGGUUUGAGGAGAUGAUUGAGGGAAGUCGACUGGGGCGGCUGAUGAAAACAAGACGUGGGAUUGGAAUGAGCGAUGACCAGUCUACCAGAAUCGAAUGGGAGAUCAGCGAAUGGACAAAUGAUGGGAGCCAUGAGGCGCGCCGCGCCUCGUCGAUCCACGCUCCUGGAAAACGCAAGCGUGGUCACCAUACGUCUGUGGAGGAUGCUUGA